AUGACUAUCGUGUCGAUGUUACAAAGACAUAUUACGGAGGAAAUACUUGAUUUUGAGCAGUAUGAAAAUAUAGCACCAGCCGAGUUUCAUUCUUGGACAGGACUGACUCAAGGUCAGUUUACUGAAUUAUUAGACAGUUUACCAAGUCUGAGAACUAAAAAGAAUAAAAGAACCGUACUGGCGGCAGUAUUAGUCAAGUUAAGAACAUGUGACUCGAACGCGCGACUUGCUAAUAUUUUUAAAUGUAGCGAAACAGCGUUUCAUACGUGGUUAAAAAUCGGACGCAACGCUCUGUUAGAAGAUUUGGUGCCCUUAAAUGUUGGGUUUGACCAUAUUUCCCGUGAGGAUGUAGCACACAGGAAUCUUUUUCUACCCAACAAUCUGUUUGGGAACCCAUCGAGCCCAGAAGAUGAAAGGAAAGCUAUCACGAUUUGUGAUGGCACACGCGCUCAGUUUACUUUAAUGACUGCAGAUAUGCCAGAAUUUGUAGAUUUUCCAAGAAUGGAUGAGAACGAAUUACUAUUAUUCGCUCUGGGCGUUUAUCAACUAAAACAGGCCAAAAGCUACUACGAUGAGCACGUCCUUGACAAUGGAGCAUUCACAAUUGAGCUCAGCAAUGAGUUAUCAAAUGAAGACUUGGCGGAAUUGCAGGGAAAUGAUUUAUAG